AUGCGGCGGCGCCCAGGACCAGCGCCUGCCUCCGCCAUCGUCGCGUCGGACGCAGCUGCCCCCAGCACCGGCGCCUCCGACGUUGCUGCGUCGGGUGCGGCCGCGCCCAGGACCGGCGCCUCCGCCGCCGCUGCGUCUGCCGCGCCCGUCACCGGCGGCCCCGCCGCUGUAGAGUUAGGUGCUGCUGAGUCUGCUGCUCUCGCGGCUGCUGCUGCUGCUGUUGCUGUCGGCGGGAGGUAUCUCUCGGUGGCGAUGGUGGCGGCGCAGUCGCCCCGGAGGACCCGCGAGGGCCGGUGGCCCGGGACCUACCCUGGCGCGCGCCCUCGGCGGUCCUCUGGUGCUUCGUGGCGGACUUCGUAA